AUGGGAUUCGACGCCCUAUCAAGACUAAAAAGCGCUCGAGUAGCCACAGAAGAAUACCUUAAAGAGAAAUGGGAACACAGAAAAUCGCGGGGAUCUUCGGAGAUAGAGGAGGAUGUAAUCAAAGCUGAAAAGGAACGUCGUCGACAGGAAAAGGAAGAAUUCCUUAACCUAGUUUUGGCGAAAAUUACUGGGGACUCAGCUGUCGAGAUGCCGCCGUUACAGUGGAACCUGGUCGCGUCUCGUAAGGCCGUUUUCUUAAUCACCACGCUUAUCGAGUUUGGCAGAUUUGAAUUGUCCAAAAAUACGUACAAGUUGCUUGCUAAACACGUUGGUAUGAGCCAAAAUAGUGUCAGUCACUGGGCAUUAUGUGUGAUUGACCGCGGUUUCGACCCUUCUUACUGUUACGACUUAAUGAGUGAUCAGAUGGCGCUUAAUGCUAUUGGUAAAAGCUACUUUCGGGUAGCCGAGAUUACCCCAGAAUUCAUCCAAGCAUGGAGCUCAUGUUAUUAUAUCGGGGAGACGACGAAAUCUCAUGAAGAAAUACAAAUAAUAGGAGCUAAUCACAUGUCGGUUCACCCGCGCUACAACCUCUUAACGAGCAAUUGUCAGGAUAUGGCAGAAAGCCUUGUAAGAGAGUUAUGCGACGGCAAGAUAAUCAGUCAAGCUAAGCUAAGCGAAGAACUAUCAUUGGUAUCUCCAAAGAUAGCCCUGGACUUGAUGGUAGCGCGGUUGAGGUCCAAGAUUGAGGUUUUAGAUGAGCAUGAGGAUAGUGAUACUGUGAAGGCGGAUAUGGAUACUAUCAAAGGAUUAUGGCAUAAAGUCAAUCGAUAA